AUGACACACGUACGUUGCUCGCUGUUCGGGAUCAACCGCAGUCCAGAAUGCCCCUAUUUUCUGCUAGUGCGCUCAGCACGCGGGGACGUUUCCAACAUAUGCAUACCUCAUUCUAUACUCAUCUACCCCACUUCUGAACAGUCCGCCGAAGUGCUUGUCAAAUCAAUCGAAUAUAUGACUUCUCUUCCGCUCGGCGAUAGCCCUGGGACACAGGUCGUAUCUGACGACAGUGAGGAUGAAGUUGAAUGGCUAUCUAAUGCCAAUAUCGACGAGGAAGUAUCCAACCGAUUUAUGCAGCAAGCAAUGGAGAAAAUCCCGGAGGAAUGCAACCGAAUCAUCACUCAGUAUGGUGCCCUUGAAUACAUCAUGAGCGAUGACCCGGUUCCUGUAGUGACGGGCGUCGCAGAGCCGAAAGGCUAUUUGAAAAAAAGCGACGAGUUGAAUAUUGAGCGGUUUGGGACGGGCUUCCACCAAACUUCCCAAAUACAAAGUCCCCUCACGAGUACAGGUCUUAUACGACUCGGCAAUAGUCAACUUAUGCGCAGCAUAGCAACAUGGGAUCGUUUCAAGGCCGAUACCGCCCACCUAUACGCUGCGGUGCUCCAGCGUGCUCAGACAGGCUCAGCGCACGGGAGAGUCGCAGAGUCUAGGAUUAUUGAAUUUCUCCAAGACGUCGAAGCGAUGGAUGCUAAAUAUGGACGAUUUGGUAUGCGCGAGCGUCGUGGACAGGUCAUAGCGCAGGUCAAGAAGAUCAUGGACACGAUUCAGUUAAGGACUAUACGCGGGUUCAUGCGUGCCUUGACGUUUCAUCCAGACAUAAAACCGACACUAGUCCAUGUCGAGAACUACACAGACUUUGCAGGAGGAAUGAGCGAGCAUGACAUGAGCAAGUACCUCAACCUCGCUGAGGCCCUGAGAGAGAAGGGUACGCUUCGCGGAGUCUUCGCACGUCUACUGUGCAGAGUGUGGGGAGAGACUAUCACCGACGAAUACCUUCAUGAUAUCUCCGAUGCACUGGCAUCCGCCAGUCCUGAGGAACGAGCGAAACUGAGUCCUGACAUUUUGGAUGCAUGGGCAGAGGUUGAAAUGGUCACCGACUAUAUUAUCAUGCUCGGCACCGAUGGCGAAGAUUGGCGGCGCGCUCCGGACGACCGCCGGUAUCUAGAGCAUUGGUCCCAGCUCGAUCUCUCGAUCAAAAUUACGCAGGACUCAGUCGUUAAAUUUACGCGAAUGACACCAUCCUGGACGCACAACCCUGCGCUAUUGCAAGAAUCCUCUUCGAACUUGGAAGCUGGUAGUUCGCUUGAUGUGGUUGUAGACGACAGAGCACCACAGCUAGCCCCUGCGCUCUCGAAAGCACAGAGAAAAAAGCUCAAGAAGCAGGAAAAGUUGGCCGCGCGCAACAUAGAGGAAGAAGUGACUCGGAAAUCCGCCGCCCUUCAGGUUGCAGAAGAUCACAAUAAUUCAGCGGAAGGCGACCUGAAAGUACCUGUCUUAGCUCCGGCUGCAAGCGCGUCUUCACGCAUCGUGAAACCUUACGCCGUGCCGAAUAUUCCAGAAUCUAUCCCAGAUAUUAUGGCAACAAGAGGACCGAAGUUGAAGACUCGAGGCGUCGCCGAUACUUCUAAGGCCUCAACGCGUACCACCAUAGAAGAGGUACAACAUCGAGUCAUAGGACGGCUUCACGUACGUGCUAUCUACCCAAUCGGCAAAUGCUACGAGACCAUGGAGCGCUUGCUGGUGAGAAAUCAAGGCUCGAUGGAUUGGGUUGACCUUGAGAAGACUGGUUCAGCGAUUGCAAACCUGAUCGACAGAGCAACGGAUCAUGAAAUGUAUUCGAACGAGUACGGUAAUCCUUUACGCUGUAAGGCACUCGAUGAGCUCAACGAGGUUGAUGCUGCUGCGAUCGUCAGUUUCGAACAGCGCUUUAGCGUCAGCAUCACGCCAUUCGUCCAGAUUUUGAAUGUAGCUGCCCAGGACAAGCCGGAGACGCUUCCAGAGCGGUUCAGUUUUCGAUAUGACGCUCAAAGGCAGACUGUUGAGUGCCUCUAUUACUUGUGCGACUCCGAAACUUGGAAGGGUGGGCCCGUGUUUGCCCUCGGGACCAUUGGAGACGUCUUCAUCAACAGGUCAUCUCGCUGUGAGGCAAUCUUUUUCAGGACUCUCGCCCCUCUCGCCGAACACACCAAGGAGAAAUGGAAGCUUUGGCCUGAAAUCGUCGGAUUUCUCAAAAAGAUCCUCGAUGCCCCUUCGUCGGGUUCACAACCCCAGUUCAGCGAGAAUCCCAGAAGGGAGUCUACGUCGGUGAGAGCUGCCGGUGAAGCCCCUUCAAAGCGUGUUGACUACCGCUUCUCCAAUUACGCAGGGACCUUCACCAUUCCAAUUGGAGAUACAGCCGUUACGGUUGUCCGCCCUCCUGUUGCAGACACUAGUACAAGGUUCUAUACCCAGAAAGACUUCCCGGACUUCACGAAGAAAACACAACCAGUUCAGCGAAAGCAAGACGCGCCGGCAGUGUUAUCCUGUUCAGACACCCCUUUGUCGUCAGGCUCACGUGCUCUGAUACCGUCAUCCAACGUUGAGGCGCCGAAGAGGCAAGGCCCUCAUGCUUCGGCGUUGUGCCCGCCGACAGGGAUCCAGCAGCGAGUGAAUCUAUCUCUGGAUCAUCAGCCAUCCGCGAACGAUGUCUACGCCGCAGUCCGUACUACAGAUCCUCGCCUGAGGAAGCGAAGCGUUCUUCAGAUAGAUGCUAGGCCAGACGUUAAUCAGCAACAUAUACAGAUCUCACCCCGAAGAUCAGAGAAACGUAUGAAGACCAGUAAUCCAAUGACGCCGGUCCCACCGGUCCCGCCAGAAGUUCGUGCUCAAGACAUGCCCACAAGGGAUUCCACUGAGCCGAUUCGACCAGUGCAGGCAACGGCUGUGCUUGCAUCCCACCAACCAUCAACCAACCAGACAACAUGGAAUGCAGCGAUCGUGACAGAGAAUCUCAUGCAUGAUGAUCUGUCAAUAAUGUUGCGAGUUCAUGGCGAGUUGUUCAAAUUUGACGCUCAACAACUAGCGCAAGAGUCGCGUUUGUGCCAGGCCGUGCUGUAUCGACGAGAAAAUGUCCAGCGUCCGCACACAUCCAGAGAUAACGAUUAUUCGUCCCUAAUUGUAAGAAGCAUCAGAAACGAAGUGAUUAGCGGAUGUCCCGUGUACGACAUUUCGGAAGUUGCUUUGGAGGAUUUCAAGAUCUUGUCUCGAGUGUUGAAGCGUGGCUAUGAGUUUAUGGUGAACCCACCUGAGUUUCCCGUACUUGCUGCGUUGUUGCGCACUGCUCAUACCUUGUCGUUUGAUCGCAUCACGAACAUCGCUACGCACUUUCUCCAACGAUUAUGGCCAAAUGACCCGUCAAGGGUGACAUCCACGCGAAGGCCGUAUGCUAUCGAAACAGUCCUGCUUGCCGAAAGUUGCAAUAUACGCCGUCCUAUGAAACAUGCAUACUAUGAGGUCCUUCGCACGGAGACAUUCGGUGUCGGUGAGAAAUCAGCUGAGAACGACGAUUUAUACUUCCCCGCAAGUAUCAGAGAGAAGACACCAUCUCUUACCACAGAUCAACUAGCGCGCCUGAUCAAAGCUCGCGAAUACCUCCUAGGAAAAUGGAGCUCCUUCAUGCAUUCGGCCCCCGAGGUAUUGAUGCAGUGUGCUCAAGAUCGUAGCGAACUACUGCAGACAGAAAACGUUCAGGCGAGGACUGAGCUAGAGCGCUGUAGGCUGGCUAGGACCAGGACCAUAGGCUUUUGGCGCAAUUUGACAGCUGGGAUUGACGACGUCGGGCUCUAUGAUAUCCUGGGAGGGCUCGACAGUCUCAAGGGCUUGUGCACUAAGCAAGGCGGACUGUGUAGAGGCUGCGCUCAGGUGGUCGGAUCACAUUGGGACGAGGUAAAGCUGGAUGUUUGGAAGGAUCUUGAUAUGUGGCUUCAGCUGGAGUAG